GUUUUGCGUGCAAAAUCCAACAUGGCGGUACGCAGAGGAAAAGUAAUUUCCAUCAGGGCAGCCUAAACAAAUGCUCAUUGCUCCGAGAUUCGCCUAUUAAGAAAAGACACGAUGUCCUUUCUUCACUUUAUAGUGCACCCGUUGCCUGGAUCUGAAGAUCAACUGAAUGAUAAACUAAGAGAAGUGUCGGAUAAGGUUAGUCGUCAUGGCUACGCGACGCCCCCAGUCUUCACAAGACUGCAAGGAGUUUCCGUGGUCCAGUGUGUUGUGGGGCCUAGUCACAUUGCCUUGCUAUUGGAGGAUGGCCGCUUGUGUAGGGUCUCGUAUGCACUGCUGACUGACCGGUUAGAUCUGACUAAGACAGACAAUAGCAAAGGGGUGGCUCCUACGAAAGGUGGCGGAGCAGCCCCGAUGCGGCUAGAUACCGAUGGUACUGCUGCUGCACCUGAGAUACUAGUGUUUGAAGAAAUAAUUGGUCAUCCUCUCAGAAGGCUGAACCUGAAUGGCGGCACGUCGCGAACGACGACGCCCACGACGACGACAGCUAGUGCCGUGGCGCGGCAGCCGCAGAGGACCCGCGGCCGAGUGAUCCGCGCGGCUAGCAGAGGUCGGGGGUCAGGGGUCAUUGUCGGACAGCGGCCUGUCAUCCCGGCUCCCAUGGUUCCCGAGGAACUCAUCAAUCAGGCGCAAGUCGUGCUGCAGGGAAAGUCGAGAAACCUCAUCAUACGAGAACUUCAACGCACGAACCUGGACGUGAAUCUAGCCGUGAACAAUCUGCUGAGUCGUGAUGAUGAGGAUGGGGAUGAUGGUGAAGACUCUCAAGAUGCCUACAUGCCAGAGGAUCUCAUAUCGCUGCUGGACGCUGGCAUCGGGGGUGACCACCCGAGCGUCAUCAUCGACGCUGAUUCGGCCAUGUUUUCCGAGGACAUGUUCAACAGCUACUCCUCCCUGAGGAAUCUUGGCGGCUCGCGCACUCGCGCAGCUGGAGAGCGGGAGCGGGACGGCGACCGGGAACGGGAGAGCAGCUUCCGCUUCCGGGACCGGCGGUGGAACUCCAGCUCCUCCCCGAACAUGAGCGGACUCUUCUGGAACUGGAUGACGGGUUCCUUCUUCGCCGCCGUGACGAGGUUCUCCGGCUUGUCCGCGGAGGCGAGCCCGCCGACUCCGGAGUCCCGCAGCGCGCUCUCACCAGCCACCGAGGAGGACGGCACGAGGUUCGUUCAGAUCGCAGCGCUGUUCUCGGAGCUCGUCGCCAUCGACAGCCACGGCCGGCUGCGGCAGUGGCGCUGGCACGACUCGCACCCCUACACGUCAGCCGACGUUAGCAUCAUGGGAAGUGUGUAUCACCCGAAGGCACCAUCACUGCAGCUUGUGGAGAGAGUAGUGAGCAUUGCAUCUUGCAGUGUUAGGGCUUCUGUCCUAACGGAGUCUGGAAAGGUCGCGACCUUUGUUGACGAGGCGCUGGACCAGGUCGCUGGUAAACUCGAGCAUCCGGCGCAGCUGUUUCCGGACUACGCCGGCGACAAGAUACUGUCGCUGCACGUCUGCUCGCUGUACACUUGCGCCAGACUGGAAAGCGGUACCCUCUGCUGGUGGGGAGUUCUGCCAUUUGGGCAGAGGAAAAAAAUGUGGGAAAAGAUCAGGAACAAGGCUAGGAAGCAGCAGGGCCAUGUGCCGACCGGAUCAGAGAUAACAAUUGGAUCGCAGGUGUGUUUACGUAGCAGUCCCAUGUACCACGUCGGCGCGGUGGGUUUCACGAGCAUCGGAGGUCGCCCCCGGGUCGGCCAGCUACUGGAACCCGCGUGGAGCCUCAACGACAACUGCAGGUUCAAGUUACUGCACCAGCCCAAGGCGGCCAGUGUCGAGCCAAAGUUGGAGCAGAAAAAGACCGAGAUAAAAGCUGACAGCAAGUCUUCGGACUCUAAACCGGACAUGCCUCCACCCCCAUCACCAGCUUCAUCCACGUGCAGCGAUUCUGCAUUCCCCAGUCCUGGACCAGUCAAGGAUCUCAUAUCGCUGCUGGACGCUGGCAUCGGGGGUGACCACCCGAGCGUCAUCAUUGACGCUGAUUCGGCCAUGUUUUCCGAGGACAUGUUCAACAGCUACUCCUCCCUGAGGAAUCUUGGCGGCUCGCGCACUCGCGCAGAAAACAAUUUCGCGGACGCUAAUGGAUCACCGUCACACUGUUUUCCUCCAACAAAGUUCCCGAGCGAACGCUCCCACAAGUACGAGGCAAUGUGGAGUUUUACUCUGCCGGUUUGGCUGGGGUGCGAGAGAUUCGGCACAUUGUGUGGAGUGGAGUGCUAUGAGGUGGUGAGAGGUGCCGAGUCACCAGUCCCUGGCGACCUGGCGGACAGCGACGGCACUGGCGACACGGAGCGACGAGUUGAUGGUGCUUACGCAUUGGUUCACUUUGGGCUGCUGGAUAAAACUCCCACUGCUGGCAGUUCCUCAUCGAAUACAGACGACCCACUCUCCAUACUGCAGGACUGCAGACUGUUACGCAAGGACGAUCUUCAGGUGAUGAAAUCGUCGAGCAACCAGCGCGUGCCAGACUGCUUCGUCAAGUGUCCACGGAGGGUCAACCUGUCCGAGCACGGUCAGAUACUGGCCAUCACGGUCGACCCACAAGGUAUCCGGUGCAUUGUGCGGGGCAGGUGCAAGCUAAUGUACAUUGUGCACAGUCUGAGCACAUCCAAGGUGGUGCUGGAGGCAGCCUUCCCAACGAACAUCGAUGCCUUCUCUGGCCUCAAUCCCAGCUCAGUAGCUAUGUACAACGGUGGAGAGGACUCGAUACUGCUACUGCAAGACGGCAACAAGGCGCUGUACCCGAUGGCGAGAGAUUCGCUCGACGGCAUCCGCGACCCGCUAUGGACGAACCUGCUGCCGGUGCGCUGCCUCGGCAUGACCGUGCAGUCUCUCACCGUCACGUCGACGAUGAAGAACAAGGCUGCCGUCAUCGUGCUCGCGUUGGAGAACCAGCUACUGAUACCGUACAUACUGAGAAGUGACGUGGAAGCAGUCAGACAGGUGCUAGCCGUACUGGCCACCGAUGCGGGUGCUAGCAAGUUGAACAGGGUGCUUCUGGAGCGCUGCGAUGGCAACAGAAACCUACUGCACGUGGCUGUAUCUGUCUGCUGCCCUACUUCCAACAAGGAGAGCAAUGAUUCAGAUGCGUUCAGCAGCAUCAGUGAGACGCUGAGUGCGGUGGAUGCUCUCACGAGCGCGGUCGGCACGGGAGCGGGAACCAGCUCUUUCAGCGCUCGCAGCAGCAGCGGCAGCGGCGGCGGCGGCGGCAGCGGAAACCUGCGUCGGUCGUCGUCGGCAUCGAUGUCGUCGCGCGUGUUUCCGGGACUGGAGGACGAGGAGGCGCACUCGCUCGGCAUUCCCUCGUUCUCGUGGCCGGCGAUGGACCAGGCGUUCGACAGCGUGCGCGCGCUCGCAAGCUACGGCAGCAGGACCAGCCCCAGCCGUGAUGCCGGCCCGUCCGCAGGUCAGACAGCACAGCCGCUGCUUGCCUCCAGCGCAAUCGCUCCCGUCGUCAGCGAGGAGAAGGAGCGCAGCAGCAACGCUCUGAAGAUCGUACGGCUGCUGUGCGACUCCUCGGCUCUCAACCCGCACUUCAUCAAUCUUCUGUCGGCCAAGGACGCGCAGGGACAGACUCCCUUCAUGGCGGCGACGGCGGGCCGCGCGUACGGCGCCGCGCUGGCGCUGCUGGACGCCGCGCAGCAGGCGGCGCGAUCGGACGUGGCUGCGCUCGCCGCCUGCGUCUACCCGGCCGGCUCGACGCCCGAUGACUCGCCGCUGCACGUUGUCUGCUGCAACGACACGUGCAGCUUCACAUGGACUGGCAAGGAGCACAUCAACCAGGACAUCUUUGAGUGUCGCACCUGUGGCCUCACUGAAACUCUCUGCUGCUGUACGGAAUGCGCGCGAGUGUGCCACAAAGGGCAUGAUUGCAAGUUGAAGCACACUGCACCGACGGCGUACUGCGACUGCUGGGAGCGCUGUAAGUGUCGCGCGCUGGUUGCCGGUCAGCAGGGACCGCGGCUGGAGCUGCUCAACCGGCUGGUCAGCGACACCGACCUCGUCACACUGCCCAACAGCAGGAAGGAGAACAUCCUGCUAUUCCUUGUGCAGACUGUGGGCAGACAGAUGAUAGAGCAGCGUCAGUACAGGCAAUCACGCAGCCGCGCCACCACCAGCAUUGCCCGCAAACCCACCCCCAUCGAAGAGCCGCCGAUGCCGGACAGAGACCUGGAGCCACCGCGCUUCAGCCGCCGCGCCCUCGAGCGCAUACUCACCGACUGGAAGGCCGUGCAGGCGAUGAUGAUGUCCGGAUGCAGCCGGCAGGAGAACAGUACGAGCGACGUGUACGAGGAACAGGUCUACUUGAAGUCGCAGAGUGGAACCACGUUGCUGGACAAGUUCACGCACUGUCUGCUGGUCAAGUGCAGCCUAGAGAUGCUCGACAUUCUGCUGACGACCGUCAUCAGGGAGAUGCAGCACGAGGCUGAGACACGGCGAGACGAGGCCUGCAUCAACAUCUCGCAGCCGCUCGUCAAGUGUAAGCGAGUCUUCCAGGCGCUCAUCAACAUCUCGAUUGAGGAGCUGUGCGAGAUAGCCGACUCUCUGAUAGCGCCGGCGAGGCUGGGCGUGGCGCGUCCCAGCGCUCCGUUCCCGCUCGUCACCUCCAGUGUGGACGCCGUACAGGGCAGCGAGGAGCUGUUUGCCGUCGAUCCGCUGCCUCCGCGCAGCAGCGAAGACGAUCCCGUCUCGGAGGACGGCCCGCGGUCGAGCUACCCGCCGCCGAGCAGCCCUCCGCCCAGCUACCCGGCCCCGAGCAGCCCCCCGCCCACCUACUCGCAGAUGGAGACGGGUCCCGACUCUCAGGGUCAGCGGCAGGACAGGAGCAUGGAGGGCGGUGAGCGGGAGGUGCAUGAGGUGGAGGUGGUCGUGGCUGGGGAGGAGGAGGACGACCACCCCCAGGAGGCGCCGGCGCAGAGCGAGCAGGAGGACGAGGUUGGAAACGAGAGUGACAUGGACCUCGAGUUGCUGGCAGAGAGUGAAUCGGACAGUGAGAGCGUGCACAGUGGUCCCAGCCUCCGCCGCAGCACCAUCACCGCGGCAACAGCGGGUUCCGAUCCAGGUGAUGAUUCUGAUGGCUCCUCGAACCACGACGAUGAGGAGGAGGAAGAGGAGGACGAGGAGGAUAGCGAGGCGGGGGAGUCAGACGAUCAAGCCGACGGGGUACAGGACCUGGUGGACGAACAACUAGAGAGAAGGGCGGCCGGGGCCGGCGGACAAGGAACGCGAGCGCUCCAGGCUCCCCCGGCACUGCAGUGGGCAAUACGGCCACGAGAGGGCAGCAGCAGGACGACGGGUGGACUGGUAUCCGUGUCGACAGCAAGAGGCUCAGGAGGUCUGAUUUACAUCGACCCGUCGAACCUGCGGCGCGGAAACACGGUGACGACGACGGCUACGUCGACGGCGAGUCACCACGACGUCGCGCCGACCGUGUCGACAACCAACAGCACGCUCGCGCGAGCGUUCGGCAUCGUGAUGCGUCAGAUCACAGAUCUGCUGACGAUGCUACAGGAUUAUCCGGCUCUCGUUCCAAACCUGUCACGCGUGCUCGAUAUCUCGUACACGGAGUCUCUAGACAUACACGCGUAUCUGGAGUACCACCUGAAGCCGACGUGGGAUUGGACACUCACCGUCAUGGACUCGACCGAGGCGCAGCUUCGCUUCGGCUCUGCGUUGUCGUCGGUAACCGACCCGACGCACCCGCAGCAUCCGCUCUUCUCUCACCGCGAGCGCCCGCCGCGCGACCAGCACAGGCAGCCGGCGGUGGACGCGCGACGCAGGCCGAGAUUCUCGACAACUGGACGAGGCUGCGCGACGAUCGUUGCAGGCGCGGAGACGACGAGCUCGACCCGCCGCGACUUCCUCAACUACGCGCUGUCGCUGAUGCGCGCGCAUAACAACGAGCACUCGGACAGCCUGCCCGUGCUCGACGUGUCCGCGCUCAAGCAUAUCGCCUACGUAUUCGACGCCCUCAUCUACUACAUGCGCAGCGGCGUCGACUCCUUUUGUGGAUCUGAGUGUCAGUCGCCACGCGGGCCCGAGCUCGUCCGUGCACGAGUCACGCUCGCCUGCUGCUGCGCGGCGGCGACGGGCGGCCUCCACCUGCCGCUCGCGUCGCACUCCCGCCGCACGGCCGACAACGAUCGCCGAUGCCUCGGCGGCUCUCCAGCCGCCUCCGCCGCGCCCCCUGCCUCGCCGUCGCGUCUCGGGGCGGGGGCGCGCACCCGACGAUCCAGGCUUCUGAUGCUCGACCGCGCGGGCGGCGGAAGCGGGGGAGGAUCGGACGCGGCGCUGUGGACUGCGCGUGGCUGGAGGCGCCACGCUGUAGAGGCGACGGGUACGUGUGCCGCCUUGCCGCCGCGCCCGCCUGCUGCCCGACCGUGCGCAUCGACAGACCCUGCCGUGUCGGCGCGCCUCGAGCGAUCGGCCGAACGCGUCGUCGUCGCCGCCGCCGCCGCGGAGAUCGCUGCCCCGCGCGACGCCGAACAGCCUCCUUUCGCCCGACGCGAGUUCGGCUUGCAGCAGUGCGCUGGUCCGCCGACGCGGCAGCGCGCGCUGCAGCGGGCCGUCGUGAACGGCGUCCGCUCGGCGGACAGCCAAGGAAGGAUAAUUGGGCUCUGCCUGCUGCAGAACGAACUCUGUCCAUUCCACUUCAACCGUCACGUGAUCAAGUACGCACUCGGGCACAAGAUCGGCUGGCACGACCUCGCGUUCUUCGACCCCGUCAUGUACGAGAGCCUGCGACAGCUGAUCCUCGACGCCGAGCCGAAGGCAGCCAGCCUCAUGUUCGCUGCCCUUGACCUGACCUUCAGCAUCGACUUUCGGCCGGAGGAGUUCGUGCACGCGAGCUCGGCCCGCUCGGCGACGACCUCUGCAAAGGUCGCGACGAGGUCGCCGGAGGUCGCGAGGUCGUCGGAGGUCGCGGCACGCGAGCAGGAGCAGCCGGUGAACCUCGUCACGUCGGAGAUCGUCGACGCCGCCGACGACGUGUCGGCGAACGUCACCGUGGAGACGUCGCCCGUGGUAACGCUCAUCGCGCAGCCUCCACCGCCGCCUCCGCCGCUGCACACGCUGCCGCCGGCGCCACCUACGCGCGACGCCGAGCCGUUGUCACUGAGACAGUUUCCGGCGCAGUCUGUCACGCCGCCGUCGCUGCCGUCCAGGCCAUCGAACGUGAUCGGCACGCUGGUGUCACACGACAUUCUCCUAGGCCGAUGGCGUACGACGCUCGACCUUUUCGGGCGAGUGUUCGUCGAAGACGUCGGCGCCGAGCCAGGAUCCAUCAUCUCCGAGCUGGGGGGCUUCCCUGUGAAGGAAGCCAAGUUUCGCCGCGAGAUGGAGAAGCUGAGGAACUCGCAGCAGAGGGAUCUGUCGAUGGAGGUGGAGCGAGAGCGGCCCCAGCUCAUUCAGCAGACGCUGAAGCAACUGAACCAGUUUUACAACAGACGUACAAACACCGUUGGUCCCGUCAUGGCAGUGCAUCGCGUGAAGGUGAGCUUCAAGGAGGAACCUGGAGAGGGCAGCGGUGUAGCGCGCAGUUACUACACGGCUGUUGCCAAUGCCUUCCUCUCAGGAGAGAAGCUGCCAUCUCUAGACGGCACGCAGAUUGGAGUGGGCAAGGGCCUCCAGUACAACCUGAUCCAGCGUCUGCGCACACGCGAGCGGGAGCGAGAGCAGCAGCGUCGCGCCCUGCAGAGGGAGCGCAGCAAGGAGCGUACGUCUCGCCGAACGACCCUCUCCUACGACGCGCGCACGUUCGUCGCGCCGGGGGAGGGCGAGAACGAACACCUGCCCGAGGACAAGAGGCAGCUCGGGGAGAGGCUCUACCCGAAGGUUCAAGCCCUGAGACCCACGCUGGCAGGGAAGAUCACCGGCAUGCUACUGGAGCUGUCGCCAGCUCAGCUGCUGCUGCUGCUUGCGUCCGAAGACUCGCUGAUGGGCAGGGUAGAGGAAGCUGUCGAAAUCAUCAUGUCACAGGGUAACAGGAACUCGGACUCUCCCCUCGAUCUGGAACUGUUCAAUCUGUCGAGCGAGAAGACGAAACGUCGCAGCAGCGACACAGAGGGAGACGAUGAGGAGACUCUAGACGACAGCGCGCCGCUGUUCUACCAGCCGAGCAAGAGAGGCUUCUACUCUCCCCGGCCCGGCAAGAACACCCCGGAGAGGCUCAAUUGCUUUAGGAAUGUUGGAAGGAUAAUUGAGGCUCUGCCUGCUGUGCAGACGAACUCUGUCCAUUCCAACUUCCAACCGUCACGGAAUCAAUCCUUCAGCAUCGACUUUCGGCCGGAGGAGGGAGGCGGACAGGUUGAGCUGAUCCCUCACGGCAGCGAGGUGGAGGUAACACCGCAGAACGUGUACGAGUACGUGCGCCUCUACGCCGAAUACCGCAUGGUCAAGGUCGCCGAGAAAUCGCUGGAAAAUCUGAAGCAAGGUGUGUUUGAUGUGCUGCCCAACAAUGCGUUGGAUGGAUUAACAGCCGAAGAUUUCAGACUGCUGCUCAACGGAGUUGGCAAAGUUGACGUUCAGACACUCAUAGGCUACACUUCAUUCAUGAAUGAGAGCGGGGAGAGUGGAGAAAAGCUACUGAGGUUCAAGCGCUGGUUUUGGUCCAUCGUGGAAAAGAUGAACAAUCAGGAGAGACAGGACCUGGUGUACUUCUGGACGUCGAGCCCGGCGCUGCCGGCGAGCGAGGAGGGCUUCCAGCCCAUGCCGACCAUCACCGUGCGGCCCGCCGACGACAACCACCUGCCCACAGCGAACACGUGCAUCUCGCGCCUCUACAUCCCGCUCUACUCGUCCAAGGCCGUGCUCAAGCAGAAGCUGCUGCUCGCCAUCAAGACGAAGACGUUCGGAUUCGUGUGAACCGGGGGAGUUAUAACCCGGGAUGAUAACUCCGGGGGGUGCCCUCCCCCCUCCCAGAGCCGGAGUCGGCGAGAAAGUGCUCCCGCCCGGCUGUCGUUUUGUUUUCCCGGAUGGAUGGGAAGUGCGGCGGGGAGUUAUCCCCGGCAGUCAUCCGGGUGGGGGGUGCCCUCCCCCCUCCCAGAGCCGGAGUCGGCGAGAAAGUGCUCGCACCCGGCUGUCGUUCUGUUUUUCCGGACGGGAUGUACGGCGGGGAGUUAUCCCCGGCAGUCAUCCGGGUGGGGGGUGCCCUCCCCCCUCCCAGAGCCGGAGUCGGCGAGUAAGUGCUCGCGCCCGGCUGUCGUUCUGUUUUCCCGGAUGGAUGGGAGGUGCGGCGGGGAGUUAUUCCCGGCAGUCAUCCGGGUGGGGGGUGCCCUCCCCCCUCCCAGAGCCGGAGUCGGCGAGUAAGUGCUCGCGCCCGGCUGUCGUUCUGUUUUUCCGGACGGGAUGUACGGCGGGGAGUUAUCCCCGGCAGUCAUCCGGGUGGAGGGUGCCCUCCCCCCUCCCAGAGCUGGAGUCGGCGAGAAAGUGCUCGCGCCCGGCUGUCGUUCUGUUUUCCCGGACGGGAGGUGCAGUGGGCGGGGGGAGGCAGUGACGCUGUUGUUCCCAGAGCCGGGUUGCAGUGGCGGCGAGAAAAUGCACGCUGCGGCUUUUGCCCGGGAUUUCGAGAUGAUCGGUAGGGUAAUAUUAUAGAGAAUUCUACUAUGAAGAGGACGAUGCGGCUUGUUCGCUCGUCCUUGCGACGGCAUUUCGAGAUUGUCUUCGGAAGUCGGUCGCCGCUCAGAGGCGGCACGGCGUCUGCCGACAUUUUUCUAUAUGCAUCUGGAUCCCGAGCCUUUCUCGCCUUUCUGUAGGUGAUGAUAUGCACAAGUCGGUAUUUCUGAUAGCAGGCACGAUGCUAUGGUAACUAUUGUCCAGAUACGUGAUGCAUUCUCCUUACGUUAGCUUGUAUACGAUGCCAGAACCAACGUUAACUGCAUAAUAAACAUGUUGUGUAAGGCAAUUUGUUAGCGUUUAUAAACAUGCAAAGUACAUGUAAAGACAGGGUAUGCAAAGAUGAAUCAUUCAGGGUAUGCAUGAUACCUGGUGCUUCAUCAAUAUUAGCACAAUUUGUUGCCGCAUAGGUUACAGGGAUUAAGUCUGGCAUUCAGGUGAUCUCAAGCACUCUCGGUCCGGCAUUUACAGCUGCGAGUACGUGUAUAUUCCAGCCGACCGUAGGUGUUAAAACUGCCUAUCCGCGUGUUGUGCGCGCGAGGCACAGCUCUGCCACACACUGACACAUAUCAACAUGCACGCGUGCUGACUGUUAACCCAUGGGUGUGUUCAAGCCUUGGCAGUCGCCGUUUGGCAGGGCUCUGGGCCAAACUGAGAGUGCUCGACUGCAGCUCUCUCUCUACCUGCGUAGCCCCUUGUAGUGGCUGUGUAGAACCUCCUGUAGCGGGAACUAAGAGGCUACACUGGUAGAGAUAGCUCUAGAGUAUAGCUAGUUGUCAGACGUAACUCCUGCAAAGAUAAAGUUCACCCGUUAGGCGCACUAUACGCCGCACAGGCGGUUCACAGUAGAAACGUACCUCGCGUGGUCACAGAUAAACAAGGGUUGAUCGGGAAAUGGCUGACUGUCAGUGUGCUGGCCGCGUUAAGAAACAGUUACUAUGGUUACUAUUAUGUACGCCAGUUAUAGCAUUGUCCACAUCUUCAAGCCAGGAAUUCAGUAGAGCACGUCAGUGUAAUUAUAUGCAAACACUCACGCGCGCAUGCGCACAUAUAUGUACACGUGUAUAUGUGCAAGUAUUUGUUGCACGUGUCCUGUACAAAUAUGUUGCUCAAAAGGUUUUGUCUGGUAACUGUCUGAGCGUUGGGGCUUCGAUCUGGCCCCUGGGGGCAAUAUACCGGUCGAUUUUAAUGUGCAGCACGUCGUCGUGUCUGUUUGCGCGGAUUGUGUGGACACUGUCAUCGCGCGUCUAGCCGUAGUUCUAGUUGUUGGUGUUAAGGAUAGGCAUCAGCAAUAGUGACAGCAUCGGAAGGUCUGCAUUUGGUGUCUGACCCUGUGAAAUAUAUCCCUUGGUUAAUUGUGUAGUAGCGCUUCUUCAUGCAAUGGGAAGAUUAGGUUUCUGUUUAUCGAUUGGUUUCUUCCAAAAAUGUGUCUUUUAUUUUUAACUUAAUCAGUGUUAGAUAUGCGACAUUUGCAAGGGAUAUGCAAAUUGGCAGUAACACAUUUAAAGGAAGUAAUUUAAUUUAAAUGAACGUACCCAUGAUAAGAAAUGCGUAAUGAAUAAAUUUUCAGUCCUUUUUGAUAAUCUUUUGACAGGGUUGGAAUACCUUCUUGUAUAAUGGUAAUUUCUAGUUGUGGCCACAGGUAAAUAGUUGGCACUUUAUUAAGGUGCCACCUCUAUAAAAUAAAGAUAAUGGAAAAUUAUAUACAAUAAAACGUAGUAUGUCAUUUGGGUUCCUGCUAUUAAACUGGAUUCUACACAUAUAUGCAUUUAUGUAACAAGUUUUAAGUUCAAUAAAACGUAAAAAGUUAAUAAGGCA